CUUGAAAAAUACACAUACGCAAGGAGCAGGUAUUGGAUGCACCCAGAUUAGAUAGCCCUCAUAGCUAAGGUUUUUCUCCGGACAGGAAAACUGGUUAGUAAGAAUUAGGAGGAUUGGAAUGCCAGAGAAGAGAGAUGCAAAAAGUUUAUUAUUCUUUUAAAAGUAGAAGAAGCAGAGAUCUGACUCAGAUGAUGACUCAAUAAAGUGGGUAGCUGUACAAUUUUCUACGGCAUCUUUUAUGAUAACCCUCAUCAAAGAUUGAUUUAUAUAAAGCCUUGGACUUGCUCAUUUCGCAUCAUUUCCUCUCUCUGACUCUACCCCAAUCUUUUGUUUCUUUUACUCUUCAUGCACCUCGUCCUCACAAAAAAGGAGAACGAGAUUCCAAAUAUGGGAAGAUUGUUGGUGCACAAGCAAUUCUCAUCAUCUUCAGCAUCACCAUCAUGUUUGAAUAAUGGAUCAUCAUCAGGAAACGGAUCACCAAGACCCUUUGUGGAUCCGCUCUGGUGGGGUUCACUAGGCAUGAUUUCUUCAUAUGCCUACCAGAAAGAUUCAAUUUCAAGUGCUUCUAACGAUAAAGCUCCAUUGUUAUGUGGUGGUGAUCUCAAGGAGAGCAUGUUUCCUUUCAAGGCAUUCUUAAAUCCACCUGCAAAGAUCAACACGUUGAACCAGCCGUCUCCUUCAUCGCAGUGCUCGUCGUCGUCGACAUCGAGGGUUCCAAGUAAUCUAACUUUGUUCUGGCAAGAACCUGAGAAAAAGAACCCAUCGACAAUGGAUUUACUCGGAAUGGACACGAUUUGUGAGUCCAUAGCAUCUUCCACAAACAGCCACCUGACCCAGCACAGUCGUGUUCUGCAGCGAGCUGGAUCGGAGUGGCCUGUGACAGAUCGAAGUUUAGACCAUCUAUCAGAUCGUUCAUCAUCAAGGGUUUUCGGGGACUCUUGCCAUUGGCUCAGCAAUACCAAGAUUCAGCCUAUGAAGUACACGGUAAGGAGAUCUACAGCAAUCAAGAAGGAGCAAGGGUCGACAUCGUCAUCUUCACUCUCUUCGUCAGGAAAGUUGUUCCGAGGAGUGAGGCAAAGGCAUUGGGGGAAGUGGGUAGCAGAGAUUAGGUUACCGAGGAACCGAACAAGGGUGUGGCUCGGGACUUUCGACACAGCCGAGGAGGCGGCCCUGGCCUACGACACGGCGGCAUACAUGCUCCGAGGUGACUUUGCACACUUGAACUUCCCUGACCUCAAGCACGAGCUGAUCAAGGGCAAUCGCUCCCUGAACAGCACCACGGCCGCACUCCUUGAAGCCAAGAUUAGAACCAUAUCGCAAGGGGCGUCCCCGAGAAAGAAACUCCAUAGAGGAUCGCUGCCGAAAUCAGUUGGAAAUACGGAGGGAUUUGCGAGCGAAAGCCCAAGUGCCUCAAGCCCGAAAGACCCACCGGGAAGCGAGUGGCAACUUGAGUUCGAAGCAAGAGUUGUUGGGUCUGAGAUGAUGAGUCUGAGCAAGAAGACACAAGAGGCCAUUGUUAGUACUGGUGCUGAUGCAGAUGCUGUUCAGCUUAGCAGAAUGCCUUCGUUGGACAUGGAGAUGAUUUGGGAUGCUAUUUUGGUCUCGGAUUCGUGACAAUAUGGUCGGAGAAAAAGAUCAAUAGAAUGGUUUCGUGCAGGCCCCACUACUUUCUUGAUUUGAAUUAAUGACGGCGACUAUCUUCAAAGCACUGUAGAAAAUUGGGAAUAACUAAUACUUGCUCUGGGAAUUCACUUGGCUCAUCAUCAGUCAUCACAGAUCGCGUGUGUCGGGUGUGUCGUCCCUAUGGAUUGGUUCUAGCCUAGCAGUAGAACCUGGAACUAGGGUUGGCCAUACGGCCGUAGCUGGAGCACGGGAAUUUCCCGUGCUGGCCCACGUUCCGGUCCCGAGCGCCUGUUGGCCUUGUGAUGCAGGAGCAUGGGAGCUUAGAAAUUCAUCAAGUCCUUGGAAGUUUCAUCUAAGGCAAACAGCUUACAAAUACAACUCAAGCCUAUUUGACAUUUGCGCGAGCAAAAAAGAAAGUUUGAACAUAACACAAUCCAAUGGGUCCGAUGACGAGGAAGGUAUCUAAGAUGGAGUUUCAAGAAUUUGAAGAAUCAAGUCUCAUUCAGCGGGGUGAAAGGCUGGAGAGUUGUUCUUCAUUAUUUGAGGCCUAAACAAUUUGUUUUUCAUCCUGAUCAUGAGGCUUUUGAAUACGUUAGCAGUCAACACAAACUCAGUUCAAGAUGCCUUAUCAAGGAGAUAUUCUAUCAUUGCUGUUCUAGACUAUAGGAUCCUUCAUUUCCAAUCGAUGAAAGAACUAUAUUAUGAAGAACCGGAGUUCUCAUUUAUCAUCGAUAAUUGUAAACAUGGAGUUUGGGGCACUUAUUCGAUCUAGGAUGGAUUUCUUUUUUACGGAAAUCAAUUAUAUGGGCCAAAAAGUUCCUUAGAGAAUUAUUGAUCCAAAAAGUGCAUGGUGAAGGAUUGACUGGCCACUUCGGCGUCAACAAAACUCU